UUCUGAGUUUAGCCGCUCCUCGUUUGUUAAUUUUUCGCGCGUAUUUCACCGUUUCUUAGCUCCAGAUGUGCAAACUGCCAUUUCCUUUUAUUAUCUUCUUCCAAGAAUCUUCGUGACGUUAAAUGCGCGUUGGUUUUGUGCCGAUCUGACCAUUUUGUGCUCUUAGAAGUGCUCCAAUUGCCUGAGAAGUUCCACUUUUUAGAGUCGCUUCCAUUUUUGUUUUGUUACUCUGCUUUGCAAAUUGAUGGUUGAUGUCAUAACAUCAUGAAGUUCCCAAAUAAGGAAUUAGUCGAGAUUAAGCCUCUAACCUUUGGUAAACUUACGCUCAGCUUUCACGGGAUGCCUGAAACUCUCUUCUUGCUCUCUCUCUUUUUCUAUUUUUUUGGGGUGAUAUACAGUAAUUCAUCAAAUCAAAUGAUCAGGCAAAGGGCGAUUACUUGUACUCAAUCAUCUGCUUCGUCCCUGGAAUGGAAGUACGAGAUUGGACACGGUGCUUCUAUAUAACCCCCUAAAAUCUCUGUCGAAUUGCCAACACAAGCCCGAUUUGUUUCUGAGGACUCCUAUAAGGACAAGGUGCAUUCAUUUCUCUUGUCUUUACAAAAUUUGUCCAAGAAGAUAUGGCAUCUUUCCCAAGGCCAGAAAAUGAACAGUGUCAAUACAAGUAUGAUGUCUUCCUGAGUUUCAGAGGUGAGGAUACCCGCAAAAAUUUUGUUGACCAUUUGCACGAUCAUCUGUGGCGAAGAGGAAUCGUGGCCUUUCGAGAUGAUCACCACCGACAUCUUCAGAGGGGAAAAUGUAUUAAACCAGAAAUAUUGAGGGCAAUAGAGCAGUCAAGAUAUGUACUAGUGAUAUUCUCUGAAAACUAUGCUUCUUCUACUUGGUGCCUGGAAGAAGUUGCUAAGGCUGUGGAAUGCAAAGAUAUCAAUGAAGGAUUAGUGAUACCGAUCUUCUACAAGUUCGAUCCAUCUGACGUACGGAAACUGAGGGGAAACUUUGGGAGAGGCUUUGCUAAAACUGAGGAAACUUAUACUGGUGACAGGGGAAAUAUAAAGAGGUGGAAGGAUGCAUUAAAUAAAGUAGCCGGUCUCGCCGGAAGAGAAUUGAAAGAUGGAUAUGAGACCAAGUUUAUUCAGCAAAUCAUUGGAGAAGUCGAAAAUAAACUUGGUCCUCGGUUGUCCUGUGUUGUAGGCGAUCUUGUGGGAAUGCCUUCCCGGGUUGCAAAUGUAGUUGAAUAUUUAUGCUUGGACGAGAGUGAUGUACGUAGUAUUGGCAUAUGGGGAAUGGGUGGCAUAGGCAAAACAACUGUUGCACGAGCAGUUUUUGACAAAAUCCGUGGCCGAUUUGAUGAUGGAUGUUGCUUUCUUGCCAAUGUCAGAGAAAUUUCAAAAAAGAAUGGUCUAAUAUAUUUGCAAAACCAGUUUCUCAAUGAUAUUCUCCUAGAGGACAAUUUGACAAUCAGGGAUGACCACAGAGGAGCGAACAUGAUAAGAGAACAACUGCGACAUAAAAAAGUUCUUGUUAUACUUGAUGACGUGGAUGAAAAGGAACAGCUGGAAAAACUAGCAGGAGGUCUUAAAUGGUUGGGACAUGGGAGUAGGAUCAUUAUAACAACCAGAGAUGAACAUUUGCUUUUCCAAUAUGGAGUAAAUUCCAUAUAUAGGGUGGAGGGACUAUCCCUUGAUGAGGCUCUCAAACUAUUUUGUUUGAAAGCUUUUAGAAGUGACCAUCCUCCAGCAGAGUUUGAGGAGCUCGUGAAGCAAGUUAUUGGAUAUGCUGGUGGCCUUCCUCUAGCCCUUGAUGUCUUAGGUUCCUUUUUGGCUUAUAGGAGCUUGAAGCAAUGGCAAAGUGCACUUGCCAGACUCAAAGAAUGUCCAGAAGGGAAAAUUUUUGACCGGCUUAAGUUAAGUUAUGAUGGACUACAGCAGAAAGAGAAGGAGAUUUUCCUAGAUAUUGCCUGUUUUUUCAAGGGAAAGGAGAAACCUUACGUUACAGAAGUUCUGGACAAUUGCGGUUUGUACGCAGAUAUUGGAAUCGAAGUCCUUGUCAAUAGAGCUCUUAUCCAAAUCAUGGGCAACAAACUGUGGAUGCAUGAUUUGCUACAAGAGAUGGCCUGGGAAAUUGUUCGUCGAGAGUCUUCAGAAGAGCCAGGAGAACGAAGUCGAGUCUGGCUUUUUGAGGAUGUAUGCCAUAUUUUGUCAAAAAACUCGGGAACAAGAAAAGUCAAAGUCAUAGCCUUGCGAUCUGGGGACUAUAGAACAGUGUGCUUGAAUGGAGAGUCCUUCACAAACAUGACUAACUUAAGAAUUCUUGAUGUUUGUGCCAUCCACCUCUCUUCUGGUUUUAAGCACCUUUCAAAUGAACUGCGCCUGCUAAGAUGGGACAACUACAGUCUUAAAUCAUUUCCACCAAGUUUUCUUCCAAAGAAUCUUGUUGAACUCCAUAUGCGAGACAGCCUCCUUUGCAGCCUCUGGAAAGGGAAAAGGUUGGAAUUAGUACUCAUGCAUGUGUAUGCUUCAUCAGACGCGUUAUUAUGUUUAACAAGCUAAUAAAGUUGUUCAACCAAUUUUUUCUAGAUGCAGGUCUUAGAGAAGUUAAAAGUUAUCAACCUCAGUGGUUCCAAAUCAUUUGUGGAGACUCCAAACUUCAUAUAUGUCCCAAAUCUAGAGAGGCUAAUUCUCAAGAGUUGCAAAGCAUUAUCUCGGGUUCAUCCUUCAAUUGGAAAUCUAGAAAGACUCACUCUACUUGAUAUGGGUGACUGUGAAAACCUCAUGGAAUUUCCAGAUAAUGUAGGUAAUCUAAAAGCUCUCAGAGUUCUUAAUCUGUCUCGAUGUUCAACUCUUGAAGAACUUCCUGAGAGCAUCGGGGGCUUAGAGUGCUUAGAGGAGCUUGAUAUUAGUGAAACUGCCGUAACACACCUCCCAUCUAGCUUGACAUUCUUACAAAAUCUGAAAAAGUUACGCUUCCAUGUUAGUAAAAGGAGGCCACAAAAUUUUUGGAGGAUACUGACAUGUAUGUUGAGAAGAGCUCUGAACUCUAGGCGUCCGCGGUUGUCUUCAUUUUCAGGGCUAUCGUCUUUGACAGAGUUGGAUCUGAGUGGCUGCAAUCUUCUGGAAGGAGAAAUUCCCAAUGAUAUUGACUGCUUACCCUGCUUGAGGUCUUUAGAACUAGCCGAAAACAAUUUUACCACCCUACCAUCAAGCAUUGAACAUAUCUCUGGUCUUAAAUAUCUAGUACUAGAUAAUUGCAAAAAUGUUGAAGUGUUGCCAAGACUUUCGGAAAGCAUAAUCCUUGUGGAAGCUAAUAAGUGCCUCAUAAUACAAAGGAUAUCAAACCCAUUCAUUAUAUGCAUGGUACCUGACUCAGGGUUUUGCUUCUUUAACUGCAUCAGUUUCCUUCCGCAAAAUCUUAACUUAACUUUGCAGCAGAAGUACUCCUUGUCGUUGCUUCGGUACAUCAUUUGCUGUUCCACGAGAAUAAUUUCAAAAACUUAUGUUGUGUCUCCAUGUUGGCAAUAUGAAAUACCUGAGUGGUUUAGCUACCAAGCGGUUGGACCUUUGUUGAGUAUACACAUGCCCCCUAAUUGGCAUGACAAUAGCUGGACAGGAUUUGCCAUCUGCGCAUCUUUUCAACGAAUCAACUGUAGCUCUUGUCAAGACCCGGAAAAUGACCACUUCAUUUUCUGUAGGUUCUAUUCUGAUGGAAAUCAGCUAGGUCCCUUAUUUAAGUUUCCCAUCAGAUUUGUUAAUUCAGGUUGCAUUUGGCUAGGUUAUGUGUCGGGUACUCAAUUUCCACAUGAUACAAAUUGGGAGACAACGUCAAACCACAUUGUCGUUUCAUUUUUGAUCACCAACCCUGGAUUAAAGGUGGAAAAAUGUGGUGUUCAUCUGGUUUACAAGCAGCGUCGAAGAGAUUUUGAUGAUAUGUUAGUUAAGUGGUGUAGCUCAUCGCCCAGGGAUUGGGAUAAAAUCUACCGUGAGCUUCGACCACCAAGGGAGGUCAAACCUCUAUCCAGAACUUUCAUUGGUCGGAACCUGUACAAAGUGAAUGAAGGUGUAAGGAGCUGUGGGGUCUUUGAGGUUUAUGAGCGCAUGUACGAUGAAUAUGAUUUGUUCGUGCGGAAUCUAUUAUUGAUUUAUGAUUUCAGAAGAAGGAUUACAAAGAACAGUCAAACAUGGUCAACGUUCCUUAAUAUCACGAUGGAAGAUACCUCCAUAAUUUUCGUGACGAAAGUUCUGCGUGUGUACUGUAAGUGGAUUCUUUGUUUUUGAAAAACUUAUGCCAUACUUUAAUACUAGGACAGAGAUUUUGAUUAAAUACUAAUUUCACUUUUUUAACUUUUAGGACCAAUCCAUAAUUUUAAAUUUUACCACUAACUAUAUUUUACUUUGUCUAUUUUCAGGUAGGCGUUUUUUUUUCUUUUUUUUCAAAUUCUUUUUUCAUAUGAAAUUACAGUUCCAAAUACAAAUUGUAAUGUAUUGCUAAUCUACAAUUAGAGUUUUAAGCGUGACUAAAACUAAAACCCUCUCCAUGUAAUUGAGUCAAUGGAAUGAACUCCCAUGUUCUCUUUCGUAGCUGCCAACUCCAUUUCGAGUUUGCGUCUGCUAAAUGUCUCUCCCUUGUGGCACCCAAGGAGGCCAAGAACCCUAAUGGGCUUUUUCUAUAAACCUUACGGAUAAUUAAAUCCUUGCACACCGUUAAUUUUUCUUUUAUCAGGUGAGGCCAACCUCUGUGGUUUUUUUUCCAAGGGUAUGAGAAUUUAAAUAUGGCGAGUUCUUCCAUCUCUUUCUUUAGCUUUUGUAUUUACCUUUUUUCCUUUUGCAUAUUCAUCAUGGGAGAUUGAUCUAUCUAUAAAAUCAUCUAUUUCCAGAUAUCCAAGCCAAUUACAGGAGCAUACUGGAUGUCACUAAGCAACCGCCAUCUUGAACCAAGAAGCUACCAUUUGUUUAUGUCCACUCUUUUGAAAAUCGAUGUUAAUUCGAAGAUGAGUGCCAUUGUUGAGAAUGUCUUAAAGUUUGAGCCGAGAUGCCUCAUCCGAAUAGUUUUUUAACUUUCAUUGGUUUUCUAAAUUGAUUAGGUUUCCUGUAGUGGGUUUUAUGAAAUUCUACUAGAUUAUUAUACAAUAGAGGUAUGUUUGAAUUUUCUCUCUGUGAAUUUUCUGAAUGAGUUCUUUGUGAAAAAUGUGAGAUAACAAUUAACGGUUUGUUUUGAUUGAGAUUGAGGGCUGGAAAA